CGCUCAGCUUCCGGUUCUGCCUGUUCCGGCGCACGUAAUUGCCGGGUGCACGUGCAUCCACUUAGUAAGAGUUGCAGGGAGUGGUAGCGAUGGACGCUCUGGAUCGAGUUGUAAAGCCCAAAACGAAAAGAGCCAAGAGAUUCCUUGAGAAGAGAGAACCGAAACUCAAUGAAAAUAUUAAAAAUGCCAUGCUGAUUAAAGGGGGAAAUGCAAAUGCAACAGUGACACAAGUACUUAAAGAUGUGUAUGCACUGAAAAAACCAUAUGGUGUACUGUAUAAAAAGAAAAAUAUUACAAGACCUUUUGAGGAUCAGACAUCACUGGAAUUCUUUUCAAAGAAGUCAGAUUGUUCUUUAUUCAUGUUUGGCUCCCAUAAUAAGAAGCGGCCAAAUAAUCUAGUAAUAGGUCGUAUGUAUGACCACCAUGUGCUGGAUAUGAUUGAAUUAGGUAUUGAGAAUUUCGUCUCUCUAAAAGACAUUAAGAACAGUAAAUGUCCUGAGGGAACAAAACCCAUGCUAAUAUUUGCUGGUGAUGAUUUUGAUGUAACAGAAGAUUAUAGAAGACUAAAAAGUCUUCUUAUUGAUUUCUUCAGAGGCCCCACAGUAUCAAAUAUCCGCCUGGCUGGAUUAGAGUAUGUUCUGCACUUCACUGCACUGAAUGGGAAGAUUUACUUUCGAAGCUAUAAGUUGCUGUUGAAGAAAUCUGGUUGCAGAACACCACGGAUUGAAUUGGAAGAGAUGGGACCCUCAUUGGAUCUGGUUCUGAGGAGGACACACCUGGCAUCAGAUGACCUUUAUAAAUUAUCUAUGAAAAUGCCAAAAGCUCUCAAGCCAAAGAAGAAGAAAAAUAUCUCCCAUGAUACUUUUGGUACAACUUAUGGAAGGAUUCAUAUGCAGAAGCAAGACCUAAGCAAACUACAAACCAGGAAAAUGAAGGGGUUAAAGAAGCGACCUGCAGAAAGGAUAACAGAAGACCUGGAGAAAAAGUCAAAAAGAGUUAAAAAAAAUUGAUGGAACUUAGCCAGCCACUACUGUUUCAUUGUGUUCUACUUAAGAGAAUUAUCAAGCGUCAAUCCAUUCAGUUUCUUAUGAGAUCUUAUUAUAUAUUUUUAUAACAUGAUAAUUUUACAAUAUUAUGAACAGUAAUAUACUAGUAUUAAGUGUAAAGUAAGCCUUUUAUUUGAGACAUUACAGUCUGGUGUGCCAUUUUCUCUUGUGAUAUCCCCUGCCCUCCACAAAUUCUUCUUUCUCAUUGGGUGAAUGGGUGGGUGAGGAGGGAUCUCCAUAACCAAUGAAAUUUUUUUGAAUUUCUGGCCUUAGCUAAAGGAAGACAUAGAAAGCAGAAAUGACCCGCAGGAGCUGUGUAGACACAUUCAAUAUGAACUACCUGGAAAGUUAACCUCCUUUCCCAACAUAGAUCUACAACCUGAUUUUUAUUUUCUACUUUUCUGUUAUUUUACCGGAAAUCCUACUAGUUGACAGUUGUGAUUUUAAGCUUUGUGGCUGAAAAUAUAGAUCUCUGA